AUGAAAUUAUCAAUUGUUUUAUUAUUAAUACUUGCAUUUGUUUUCUGCUCACAAUCAAAUGCAAGCUUCUUUGGAACUCAAGAAGAAUUUCCAUUAACCGUUUCAUCACGUUCUGGUGCAUUCCAAGGUAUUUUAAUCGAUGAUGCACGUGCUUUCCUUGGUAUUCCAUAUGCCAAACCACCAACUGGACCUCUUCGUUUCAAACCACCAGUUUCCAAACCAUACUCAUUCGGUGUCCAAGUUGCCGCCUCCAAUCCAAAAUCAUGUUGGCAAUCAGGUGCCACCGCUGCCAAUUCAGCCAACUACAGUGAAGAUUGUUUAUAUUUGAAUGUUUUCACACCAAAAUAUAAACAAAGAACUCAAGGUCUUAUUUUCUCAGAUUUACCAGUUUUAGUAUUCAUUCAUGGUGGUCGUUAUUGGACUGGUUCAGCUGCUGAUUUCGCUGCAGACAAAAUGGCCUCUGUUGGUAAUGCUGUCGUUGUUGUCAUUCAAUAUCGUUUGAACAUUUUUGGUUUCCAACCAUAUGAUUCAAAUACCAAUAUUGGUUUAUUAGAUCAACAAAUGGCUUUGAAAUGGGUUCAAGAUAAUGUUCGUGCCUUUGGUGGUGAUGCUAACAAAGUUACAAUCUUUGGUGAAUCAGCUGGUGGAUCUUCAGUAUUAUAUCAUUUACUUCAACCAACUUCCUACAGUCUCUAUGAUCGUGCAAUCCUUGAAUCAGCAUGGCAAUUUGUUAUUCCAACCGUUGCAACUGCUCGUGUUAAAUCAAAUGAUUACCUCAUCAAAAAGAAUUGCAAUCGUACCAAAACCGACGGUACCCAAGAUCUCACUGCCAUUCUCACUUGUCUCCAAUCUUUAGAUCCUCUCACACUCACUCCAACCACUGGUCAAUCAGAUUUCUUCCUUCCAAUGAUUGAUGGUAAAUUCAUCACUCAAUUACCAUUGAAAUCAAUUAAACAAAGACAAUACAAUCAAAACGCUAAAAUUAUCAUUGGUCACAACUAUGAUGAAGGUUACUUUAUGGCUUACUCACGUUUAGGUUUCAAAACUAUCAAUGAAUCAGUCACCGAUGCCACUUACUACUCCUCUCUCACCAAAUACUUAAAUGUUUAUUUCACUCCAGAACAAACUCAAACCAUUGUAGACCUCUACGAACCAGCUAAAGCCGCUUUAGGUAAUUGGUUAGCCGCUUCUGAAUUCUUUGGUGAUUAUUACAUUACUUGUGGUUCAAUCUUAGCCGCUCAAUACUUUAACGCUUACGAUACAGACUUCAAGACUUACAUCUUUAAUUACUCUUCACCAAACUAUCCAGCCAGUGAAGCUUAUUUAGCUGCUUCCCAUGGUAACGAAUUAGCUUACAUUUUCUUCAAUCCAAACAUUUACACUCAAUUCGUUUUCGGCGCUGCUGAUUCUCUCAUGAGUCUUCGUAUGAAUAGAGCUUGGACUGAUUUCGCUGAUUCUGGUAAUCCAAUCUCACCAUUAUCAGAAUGGCCAACUAACUAUCCAUCAGCUAUGUACUACGGUCCAGAUGCCAAUAGUUUUGGUGAUAGUCGUCCAUACUUAAAAGAUAUUUGCGAAUCAUGGAGAACUUAUUAUGAAGCUUAA